AUGCUCUGCCCAUCCACCACCCGUCCCUUGUUUAUUUUACAAAUUGCCUCUGUGUCGCUUGAAGGCCUCAUAGACAGGCACACCCUUGGCAACGUCCUCCUUGGCCUUAUCGUCAGCCGAAGUGAGCUUGGGGAGCAGCUCAAGGACCUGCUGCACCCUAUCCCGGGGGAUGACAACGACGCCGUUGACGGAAUCACACACAGCCAGGUCCCCUGGCGCCACAGUAGUGCCGUCUAUGUCGAGCGGGACUUGAGUAGCCCAGGGUCCUGUGCUCUGCAGCUCGGUGAGGUCGCGAAUCCUCCCGGCGACGACUAUGCCCUUGGCCCGGAGGACCUUGAUCCUGAGGGCCAUGAUACCACCGCAGAUGGCGUUGGCCUGGGAUGGAGGCUGCUGGAGGACGACGAGGGUGUCAGGCUGGGUGAGAUCUGCCCAGUGGACAUCCUUGGGGAUGUUAGGAUCCGGGAGGUUGGAGGGGCGGGCGGCGGGAGUGGCGCUCUUUGGAGCGAACAGGACUGUCGACACGGGGGCGACAGUGACUACAGGAGGUGA